CAUUUCACCUUCCUGUCAAACUGACUUGUGUCUCGACAAAAGCAAUGAAGAAUCAGAAAUCAGUGGAGGAUUUUUGAGACAUUUGUUUCUAAACAGACAGCAAAUCCUUGUGAUUCAUUCUUGAAACCGUCGUUCAGGAAGUGAAAGUAAAGAUUGCUGGAGCUCAAACAGUGAAAAUGGCUUCAGCAGCUGAAGAUAAUUAUAUUUGUCCUGUAUGUCAUGAAAUCUUCAAGGAUCCUGUUCUUUUAUCAUGUAGUCACAGUUUCUGUAAAGAGUGUCUUCAACAGUUCUGGAGAACCAAGAAAACUCAGGAGUGUCCUGUCUGCAGGAAAAGAUCCUUAAAAAGUAAACCUCAAGUCAAUCUGGCGUUAAAAAACAUGUUUGAGUCGUUCCUGAAGGAGAGAAAUGAGAGGAGUUCAUCGGGAUCUGAGGAGAUCUGCAGUUUACACAGUAAGAAACUCAAACUCUUCUGUCUGGAGGACAAGCAGCCUGUGUGUUUGAAGUGUAUGAAUUCACAAAAACACGUCAAUCACACAGUCAAACCCAUCAGUGAAGUUGUUCCAUCAUAUAAGGAGGAGCUCAAUACAGCACUGGAGUCCUUACAGAAGAAACUUCAACACAAUGAAGAAAUGAAAGGAGAGUUUGAGAAAACAGUUCAACACAUCAAGUCUCAAGCUGAGCACACAGAGCGCCAGAUUAAACAGCAGUUUGAGAAGCUUCAUCAGUUUCUCAGAGAUGAAGAAGAAGCUACAAUCACUGCUCUGAGGGAGGAAGAGGAGCAGAAGAAGCAGAUGAUGAAGGAGAAGCUGGAGGAGAUGAACAGACACAUCUCAGCUCUUUCACACACAAUCAAAGACAUGGAGGAGAUGAUGAAAGCCAGUGACGUCUGCUUUCUGAAGGAGUUUCCAGUCUCAAUGGAAAGAGUCCAGAGCUCACAGCCAGAUCCACAGAUGGCUUCUGGAGCUUUGAUUCAUGUGCCACGUUACUUGGGCAACCUGCCGUUCAGAGUCUGGAAGAAGAUGCAGGACAUCGUCCAAAACACUCCUGUGAUUCUGGAUCCAAACACUGCGAAUCGAUGGCUCGUCCUGACUGAUGAUCUGACCAGUGUGAGAUACAGCAGGAAAAAACAACCUGUUCCUGAUAAUCCAGAGAGAUUUGCCUGCCAUUACGGUGUUCUGGGUUCAGAGGGGUUUAACUCAGGAACACACUGCUGGGAUGUGGAGUUUGAAGAGAAAACACGAUGGACACAUUGGGAAAUUGGAGUAACUUCAGCAACAACCCAGAGGGAGGGAGAGGAUUUCUCUGACACUGUCUGGAGUGUGUCAAACAAUGCGUUUUCACCGUCUGGUUUAUUUGUUAAUAAAAGUCUUGAUCGUUUGAGAGUGAAUCUGGACUAUGACGGAGGAACGCUGUCAUUCUCUGAUCCUGUAACUAACACACAUCUCAACACAUUCACAGCCACCUUCACUCGCACAUUCUUUCCAUACUUCUGGUGUCAUGAAGGAUCUCUGAGGAUCUUACCAGUCAAUAAUCAGUAAAUGUUACUCCUGUAGGACUGGAUCUUCCUGCUAGAGAAGUUUUUCACAGUCAACCCAAGUCCUCUAGCCGGGAGUGUACAAAAUAGGCCUUCGCGUUUAAAGGCUAUUUGCAAAAAUGUAAAAUCACCUGAUUUGUGAAAACUUUCACAAUCACAUGAAGCAUCUGUUUAAUUUAAUAUUUUUUUAUUUCCAAGGAGUGGAAUGUUCUGUAAAUUUAGUUAACUUCAGCAAAACUUGUAUUAAAUUAAUUUUUAUUAAGUUCUGUAUUCAAUGGUUCCGAUCGGGAGUUCCUAUCAAUUGUUGUAGGUGGGGCCUUAAUUAGUGAGACACCGAAGGGAAAUAUAUAUCGCUUCUCCUUUAAAGGGUUAGUUCACCCAAAAAUGAAAAUUAUGUCAUUAAUGACUCACCCUCAUGUCGUUCCACACCCGUAAGACCUCCUUUCAUCUUCAGAACACAGUUUAAGA